CGCAUAUAUCUUUCGGCUCUGCAGGCGCUUCGCUUCGAAGAGGCGUUUGCGUUGGCCGAGAGAGGGAGGAAGAAGGAAAAGGAAUACUUGGUAUUUGUGGGGAUGGAUUCUGGAAAGGUGAAGGAUGUGGGGAUUCUUGCGAUGGACAUUUACUUCCCUUCGACUUGCGUCCAACAGGAAGCACUGGAGGCUCAUGAUGGGGCGAGUAAGGGGAAAUACACAAUAGGUCUCGGCCAAGAAUGUAUGGCCUUCUGCACAGAAGUGGAAGAUGUGAUCUCCAUGAGCUUGACAGUCGUUACUUCUCUCUUAGAGAAAUAUCAGGUUGACCCAAAGCAAAUUGGCCGUCUGGAAGUUGGUAGUGAGACAGUGAUAGACAAGAGCAAGUCAAUCAAGACCUGGAUAAUGCAAAUAUUUGAGGAAUCUGGUAAUACUGAUGUUGAAGGAGUUGACUCAACGAAUGCAUGCUAUGGUGGAACAGCUGCUUUGUUCAACUGCGUGAACUGGGUAGAAAGUAGCUCAUGGGAUGGGCGCUAUGGCCUGGUUGUUUGUACGGAUAGUGCGGUUUAUGCAGAAGGGCCAGCUCGUCCUACUGGGGGUGCUGCUGCUAUUGCAAUGCUGAUUGGACCAAAUGCUCCAAUUUCUUUUGAAAGUAAAUUCAGGGGAACUCAUAUGACUCAUGUUUAUGAUUUUUAUAAGCCAAAUCUCGCAAGUGAAUACCCGGUUGUUGAUGGAAAGCUAUCACAGACAUGCUACCUCAUGGCUCUUGAUUCUUGUUAUAAACGUUUUUGCAGCAAGUUUGAAAAGUUUGAGGGAAAGCAAUUCUCAAUUUCUGAUGCGGAUUAUUUUGUUUUCCAUUCUCCCUAUAACAAGCUUGUGCAGAAAAGUUUUGCUCGUCUCUACUUUAACGACUACUUGCGCAAUUCAAGUGUUGUCGAGAAGGAUGCAAGGGAAAAGCUGGAGCAGUUCUCUAAUCUGACUGGUGAUGAAAGCUAUCAAAGUCGUGAGCUUGAAAAGGUUUCUCAGCAAGUUUCAAAGCCUUUAUAUGAUGCGAAAAUUCAACCAUCUACUUUGCUGCCAAAACAAAUUGGGAAUAUGUACACUGCAUCUAUUUAUGCUGCAUUUGCAUCUGUUAUCCACAACAAAUAUAGUACUCUGAUGGGCCAACGGAUUGUAAUGUUCUCAUAUGGCAGUGGCCUAUCUUCCACAAUGUUCUCCUUCAAGCUUCAGGAUGGUCAACAUCCAUUUAACAUAUCAAACAUUGCUACCGUUCUUAACGUAUCAGAAAAGCUCGAGAAGAGACAUGUGAUUCCACCAGAAAAUUUUGUGGAGACAUUGAAGCUGAUGGAGCAUAGAUAUGGAGCCAAGGAUUUCGAAACAAGCAAAGAUACAAGCUUACUGUCUCCGGGAACCUUCUAUCUCGUGAAUGUGGAUUCCAUGUACCGGAGGUAUUACGCCAAGAAGGGCACAGAGGAAGCUACGAGUGCCAAAAGUUUCAGCGUCAAGAACGGCUCUUUGGCCAAUGGCCACUGAUGGCGUGCUUCCAAAUUGGGGAGGCUGGUGAGGAGCCUGCCAAUGUCGUUCCUUGUUGGUUCUUCUGAUGCUCAUGUCAUUAUUGUGCUAAUCACUCGAUGAAUCUGAAUUAUCUAGUGAAUAAUUUGGUUGAGCUAUUUAUUUCUAGCCAUUAUAUUUGGUUUAUUCGGACAA